GACCGUGCAGACGCCCAGACAUGGUGGACGCCGUUUCGUGAUAAUAAAUACCGCGCAGCUCUGGUCAGCCGCGCGGCGCCAUUGUCCCUCGACGACGCGUUCAUGCUCUACAUUGUCACCAACCAUCGCCGACGUCCUCACCCUCCGCCCGCUCCCCAGCCUCCCACCCUAGCCACACCAACUGCCAACGCCUCAGCCAACGAACCAAACCGAACGAAUAAACCAAACAACCACCGCCGCCGCCGCAAUCUAAUUCUACCGCGCAUGUACAUACUAUCUCUCCUCCUCGUUUUCCCCGGGUUUUUCUUGGUGUGGACACGGACGGUCUCUGGGCUCGGAUGGACGCUCGCUGUUUUCAUAUACUCACGCUACUCAUGCGUGCCGUUUUCCCCCCAUGCGUGUUGUCUCCAACAAAUAUUUUCCUCCUCGUACUCUACCCUUGCGUCUUGUCUCGCCGCCCGCGUCUGCUGUCCCGACCCGCCUGCCGUCCCCGACUCGUCACCCCGGCCUGUCGAUUAAUCACCGUCGGUAGGCGCGAGGAGAUCGGCCGGGCACGCGUGCCUCCAGUGCUUUGUCGGCUCUGCCUACGCCGUGAAUGUGUCCCCUGCUCCGCUACGUAUUAUCUAUUACCGCGCGUCGUGUUUGUGCUUGCUGAUCGUCCUGUAUAGUAGAGCUAUCUAUCGUGCUUGUGUCUUAUAACAACUAGUGUCCAUCGAUCCGGUGAAACGUCCGCUUUCGACAAGGCAACAAAUUCGAUCGAGGAGCAGGAAGGAGUGACAUUUCGGGGUAGCAGUAAAUUCGAUCUCGGUGCAGUAAAAAUGAUAUCUCGGCG